AUGUACGCCGACCUGCCGCACUACGGCCUGCUCGCUUCAGACUCUCUGCAGCACCGGGGUUCCCUGGUUGACCUCUUCCAUGAGUCCAUCCAAAUUUACCCUGAAGCCGAGGGGGGCCGUGCAUCAUCGGCUGCUUUAGUCGAAAGACCUGCACAGGACCGGGGUGUGCAGCAAGUGAACUUCGCCUCUGCCGAACCAAACGAAGUCGAUGCCAUUACCAUUGUCAAGCGCGCCUUGAGACAUAUCCAAGUGCUGGGCAUUUCUACCUUGCCGGCAAUGUAUCCUCCCUCUCCGGCGACGCUAAUACUACUCAAAAUCUGA